UUUUUUAAAGCUUUAACUGAUUCUCCAAGGCUGACCAGCAGCUGCGAGCUCAUUGCUUGUGAGGGCUUUUUGCGGACUUCUAGAAUGAGGCCGCCCUCCUGGUAACCACAGAGAGAGAACCCACCGGCCCGGUGUGUAAUCCUUUUCCAGCUGCUUGUCCAUGGCCACAACACUAUGCUGCUCAACCCUACCUAAGGCAGAAGGCAAGGAGCCCAGCUUUCUGUGGAAACUGGGUACAGCCACCCUGCUUUUCUGCUCCCGAGACCGAAGAAGACUGACUCUUGGAAGCCAGGAAAGGUGUGAGGCGUCUUCCUGGACGGAGAGCGGAGCAUAGCGUGGAGUAGAGGAGAACGAGAACGCCAUCGAGGGCUCAAUCCAGACGGGUCCACCAUGGGCUUGCUGCAGGCCCUUCUCCAAGCGAGAAAGCUGCUAUUGGUCAUCUGUGUGCCGCUGCUGCUGCUGCCGUUGCCCACCAUCUACCCCACCAGCGUAAGUGGCAGCCUGCCCACCCGAAAAUACUGGAAAAUUUCCAGAUUCCCCACCCUCCCUCUCACACAAAUAGAUAGCAUCUGUAGAAGGAUGUUUCUAUGGCAUCAGGCCAUGGUCAUGGUCCCCAAGGACAAUGAGCACCUUCUGUAACUAAGCAUCUCUUUUCUCCCCUUCCAGGAGGCAGCGUGUGCUUACGUGUUGCUUGUGACUGCGGUGUACUGGGUGUCCGAGGCGGUGCCUCUGGGAGCUGCAGCCCUCGUGCCUGCCUUCCUCUACCCAUUCUUCGGAGUUCUCCGAUCCAGUGAGGUGGCGGCUGAGUACUUCAAGAACACCACGCUGCUGCUGGUGGGCGUCAUCUGCGUGGCAGCGGCUGUGGAGAAAUGGAAUUUGCACAAGCGCAUCGCCCUGCGCAUGGUCUUGAUGGCCGGAGCCAAGCCGGGCAUGCUGCUGCUCUGCUUCAUGUGCUGCACCACCAUGCUGUCCAUGUGGCUCUCCAACACCUCUACCACCGCCAUGGUGAUGCCCAUCGUGGAGGCCGUGCUGCAGGAGCUGAUCAACGCCGAGGAGGAGCCGCUGGCGGCGGGCAACGCCAGCACUGAGGAGGCUGAGCUCAUGGGCCUUGACGUAAACAAGAGACAAACUUCUGUGGAACUCAUCUUUGUCAACGAAGACACGUCAACUGCAGACGUCACUUCCCUGAUGCAGAACAAGAAUCUGAAUGGUGUGCCCAUGGUCACCAAGCCUAUCAACACAGCAAACCAACAGCAACAUAAGAAGCAGCAUUCACCACAGGAAAAGCCAGGAGUCCUGAGCCCCAGCUCCAAGAACCAGGAGCUGAGCAGGAAGAAGUACAGAUCCCACCAUGACCAAAUGAUCUGCAAGUGCCUUUCUCUGAGCAUAUCGUAUGCUGCCACCAUUGGUGGCCUGACCACCAUCAUUGGCACCUCCACCAGCCUCAUUUUCUUAGAGCAUUUCAACAACCAGUAUCCAGCGGCGGAAGUGGUGAACUUCGGAACUUGGUUCCUCUUCAGCUUUCCCAUCUCCCUCAUCAUGCUGGUGGUCAGCUGGUUCUGGAUGCACUGGCUCUUCCUGGGCUGCAACUUUAAAGAGACCUGUUCUCUGAGCAAGAAGAAGAAGACCAAAAGGGAAGAGCUGUCCGAGAAGAGGAUCCGAGAGGAAUAUGAAAAACUCGGAGACAUUAGCUACCCUGAAAUGGUGACUGCGUUCUUCUUCAUUCUGAUGACAGUGCUGUGGUUUACCCGGGAGCCUGGCUUCGUCCCUGGCUGGGACUCUUUCUUUGAAAAGAAAGGCUACCGCACCGAUGCCACGGUCUCUGUAUUCCUUGGCUUCCUGCUCUUCCUCAUCCCAGCCAAGAAGCCCUGCUUUGGGAAAAACAGUGAUGGGGCAAGCCAGGGACCGAGCCAGGGGAUAGAGCCCAUCAUCACGUGGAAGGACUUCCAGAAAACUAUGCCCUGGGAGAUUGUCAUCCUGGUGGGAGGAGGCUACGCCCUGGCUUCUGGAAGCAAGAGCUCUGGCCUCUCCACCUGGAUUGGGCACCAGAUGCUGUCCCUGAGCAGCCUCCCGCCAUGGGCCAUCACUCUGCUGGCGUGUGUCCUGGUGUCCAUUGUCACAGAAUUUGUCAGCAAUCCAGCCACCAUCACCAUCUUCCUGCCCAUCCUAUGUACCCUGUCUGAAACCUUGCACAUCAACCCACUCUACACCCUGGUCCCGGUCACCAUGUCUAUCUCCUUUGCUGUGAUGCUGCCUGUGGGCAACCCCCCCAACGCCAUCGUCUUCAGCUAUGGGCACUGCCAGAUCAAAGACAUGGUGAAAGCUGGCCUAGGAGUCAAUGUCAUUGGCCUGGUGAUAGUGAUGGUGGCCAUCAACACUUGGGGAGUUAGCCUCUUCCAGUUGGACUCUUUCCCAGCUUGGGCUAAGGUCAGCAACAUCACUGAUCAGACCUAACACAGGUGGACCGUUCACCAGCACAGCCAGAGUUGAGCCACAGGCAAAGAAAACCACCAGGAGCACACACCUCAGACCCAUACGGAGGAGAUUCCCACCACGAGGUUCCUCCACCUGCCACCAGGCAUGUUGGCUGUGUCUCCUUCCGCCUGCCCGAUUUCCUUACCACCAAAAGCCUACAGCUGCUCUUUCUUCCUGUGUCCAGCCCUAACGCUUCCUGAAGACUGGAAACCCGGAAAUGGGGCAAGCCUUCAUGCCCUGAGGGGAAGUCUCACAAACUGACUGGCCUCAGCGGGAGAUACAGAGUUCUCUGCCUGUGCUGA